CGAUAAAUCUGUAUAUAUUCUCUCUUUGCGUAAUUGCUUCUUCUUCUUCUUCCACUGCUUCCAUUUUUUUUUUUUUUUCGAAUCAUUGAUAUCGGUUCAACAACGAGAACGAGUAUUAUUCGUAUACGAGGCGUGUGCGUGCGUGAUAUGAUUGAUAACGCAAAUAAUAAUCGUUAUUUACCCAACUAUAAAUUGUCUUUAUCGCGUGAAAAAAAAGGCGGUCGAUCGUUGCUGCGACUGCCGCUGCUGCACACGGGAGACUUUUGACUCGCGUAUACAUUUAAAUAAUAUAAUACAAUAUGUGUGCAUACGCGUAACCAACGGCUUUUGAAACUCAUCUCGCGUCUCGGGUCUCUCUCUCUCUCUCUCUGUCACUCGGCCGCGCGUGAACUGCAGUAAGGUCGCACCAGCUCGCUUUCUACAUACACACAUAUGAUGCACGUGUACAAGAGUGUAUAUAUAAUAUUUAGACGCAUGUACGUGCGAUGCAAACAUCUAUACGUGCUGUGCGUCGGGGUACGCGAGAGAGUAAACCGAAAAUCUAUUAAUGUUUAGAUUUCCAGCGGGUUUACACACGCCUGGCACGUAGCGGGCGAUGAUCGAGUUUACACGUACACACACGUCUCGCGCGUAUACAUACACACACGCACACUCGGAAAAUAUGAAUCGCUCGGUAGCUGGAGCAGCGCUACGGACUGCAUCUCCAGCAGCUGUGGUGGUGUUGGUAGAUGCAGGUGCAGGUGAAACAUCAGCAACAACAACAACAACAACGUCAUCGUCGUCGUCGUCUGCUACGUGGCGCAGCGAUCAGGUCGUUGAAAUUGGAAAAUUUUUACUUUGAGAAGUGCUUACACACACAUACACACAUGUACACACAGCGCGAGUGAGUGAGUGAGUGAAAUCAUACAGAGCGGCUUUUUAUGUGAUAUAUAACCGCGCGAGCUUCGGAGACAAGAAGCUUUUUUCAAGAAUGAUUGCUCCGAGGUAUCGAUCAUCGAGAUUUAACCUGGAUUCCAAGAUGCUCUUCCACUGCUGCCUGAGGAUAGUGUUCAUUAACAACAUUGCCGAGGCUGCCUCCGUGGCUUAUCUGAGAGAGCUGCAGAGGGACUACGAGAUCGAGACGACGACGGACAUAGUUCUGUAUCGGGGCAACGGGGGCGAAUUUUUUUUCAACGAGACCACGGAUAUCGUGCCUGUAGUAGGUGCCAACGCGACCGAGCCGCUGGCCGAAGACGAGGACUGGGCUCCGAUACUCAGGAAAAUUCUGCUGGGCUUCGUCCUCGGCCUCAUCAUAAUCGCCACCGUGGUCGGCAACAUCCUCGUCGUCCUCGCCGUCUUCCUCGUCAAAAAACUCCGCAAGCCCUGCAACUAUCUGCUGGUGAGUCUGGCGGUGAGCGAUCUCUGCGUCGCCUGGCUCGUCAUGCCGCUCGCCAUGAUGUACGAGAUCAUGGGCUCGUGGACCUUCGGCUCGCGCGCCUGCGAGGUCUGGGUCAGCUUCGACGUGCUCAGCUGCACCGCCAGCAUCCUCAAUCUCUGCAUGAUAUCCGUCGAUCGCUACUACGCCAUCUCCAAACCGCUCGAGUACGGCGUGAAGCGUACGACGCGACGCAUGACCUUCUACACGGCACUGGUGUGGAUCGGUGCGGCCUGCGUGAGUCUGCCGCCGCUGCUGGUGCUCGGCAACGAGUACAAGGUCAUGAAGGACUACGGCGCCGCCCAGUGCGGCGUCAGCCAAAACUUUUAUUAUCAGAUUUAUGCUACUAUCGGUGCGUUUUACUUACCCCUUUGCAUCAUGGUCACGACUUACCUAAGAAUAUUCAUACUCGCGCGCGGGAUCGUCAUCGCGGAGAUACGCGCGCAGACCCACAUGGACGCGCUGUGCUACGUCGAGGUACCCACCACGACGACGACGACGAGUACGAGCAGUAGGAGAGCCGCCGCGCACGCCUCCAGCAGUACGAACGAUCAGGAGGAUCGUUCGGCUUACGAGAAAGCGACGACGACGACGACGACGGACACGGAGGGCCCGAGCUCGAUGCAGUCGACCGCCAAGUCGUCGAUCGACGGUCCUCUGGAUCAGCAGCCGGGCUGCUCGCGCUGGCACGCGCCCGAUCAUCAGCAUCAUCAUCAGCAGUACCAGCGAGCGCUGGACGGUCCGGUGGCGGUGGCGACGGCCCCGGCCGUGGUGGUCGUAGUGCCGCAGGCCCAGCCGCCGCGCAACAUCCUCGACGGCGCCCGACAGCGAUCGACGGCGGCCGUCGCCGCGGCCCAGAAGGCCAAGUCGUCCGGAAGCGGCACCAAAUCCAGCGGUGGUAGCGGAAGCGGCUGCGCCGGCUACUGCGACGGCAAAAAGUCCUUCCUCGGCAUCCACCUGUCCAAGGAGCAGAAGGCCUCGACGACCCUCGGCAUCAUCAUGUCGGCCUUCGUCAUCUGCUGGCUGCCCUUCUUCAUCCUGGCCCUGGUGCGCAUAUUCCUCGACGAUCCGAGCUUGAUACCGGACGAGCUCUCGUCGGCCUGCAUCUGGCUCGGCUACUGCAACAGCCUGCUCAAUCCGAUCAUCUACGUAACCCUGAAUCGGGACUUUCGCAAGCCGUUCCGUGCGAUACUGUGCUUUCGCUGCGGCGAUCUGCGCAACAUGACGCGCGAGGAGUUCUACAAGAAUCACUACGGCAAGACGGCGAUGAUGAGCUACGGCAGGUCGGCCGCCACCGCGGACCUCGACACGGACAAGGGCUACGCGGCGGCGCGCAACGCCCGGGUCAAUGCGGCGCUGAAUCAGCAGCAGCUCGUAGGAAGCGAGACGUCGAGAUUCACGCCCAGAUCGAUGACGACGACGACGACGACGACAACGACGGCGACGAGCAGUUCGACGUUGGGUGGUGGUGGUCGGGGGACGACGAGCGUCACCGUGGACGUCGAGCCGUCGCCGCAGAAGUCGUCGUCCGCGGGCUCGUCCACAGUCACUGCCACCACCGGCCGAGUGCAGGAGAGCAGCGUUUAGGAAAAUCAAUGAAAAUAAUAAUAAAUAAUAACGAUGACGAUGUUUGAUCGCUUCGAAAGAGAAAAAUAACGUAUCGUUGAUUUAUUGAACUAUUUGACUGUUGUUCGUUGGAUGUAUUAACGAUGACGAGCGGAGAGAUAUUUUUUAUUUAAACGAGCGAAUUCGAGAACGUUGUUAUGUUUUUCAUAGUUUUUAAUCGACGUCGAAGAUAUAAACGCCAAAAAAAAAAAUGGCAAAUUUUAUGAGUGUUGAAUGUAGGAUAAUAUAAUUGCUCGUGAAAUGGGUAUGUGUACGUGUGUUAUUAUUAUUGAUAUUAUGAUUAUUAUUAUUAUUGUAUACGAACGAUGAGCGAUACGCGAUGUUUUCGCCUCGUUUGUAUUCAUACUUCAAUGUAUAACGAUUGAUUUAAUAGAAUCAAAAAAUCUAUGAAUAUAGUAUUAUUAUUAUUAUAUUAUUAUUAUUAUAAAUUAUAUAUGUUACGUGUAGCGAAGAAAAAAGAAAAAAAAAUGUUACUUCGCCUACACUCAUCUGUACAUUGACGAGCCAUCCAAAAAAACACGCGUUGUAAUACUGUAUAUAAAUCAUUUUCUCGUGUUAUACAUAUUAAUUAUAUAUAGAUAAAUAUUAUAGGAAACAAAAACCAAAAAGAUGUAACAAAAUGUACGGGUAUAAAUAGCACGUAAGCAAAAGGGUAUAAGCGAAGUUUAAUUAUACAAAAAAUUGUAAUAAGAGAUAUAAAAAAGCGUUAGUUUAAAAAACGUGACGAGCGCACGGGGUUACUGCGAAGAAAAAAGAAAAAUUAUAUGAAGUAUUAAUAGAAUUUAACGAAAAAUCGAAAAAGAAAAUGACAAAAAAGAAAAAUUAUAAAUUACGAAGAUGUUGUGUGCGCAAGCGAGCCGAACGAUGUAGAAAAAAAAUCUCUGUUUUCUGAAACUCCUCGUCGUUGAUUUAUGUAUAAGUAGAUAAAACAAAACUGUCACACAUAUCAGGCGCAGAUCUCUCUACAUUCGAUAUUUAAUUUUGUUAUCGUUGGCAUUGGGUAGUGUAGUAAAAAAUUCUAAACAUUCAGUAUUAUGUUGAUUUGCUUAUAGAAAACUCGACAGAAAGGAUGUGGGCAAUAUUACCUCCACCAUAACUAAUGUGUUCUUCAUUAUCAUGUACUCGUCGUCACAUAGAUACAUCGCGUAUAAUGCACACAAACGCGCGACAGACUUGCAUGUGUUGCAGUGGUAGCGGCAACGUGUCGUCAAAACCCAUAUGCAAGUUGAUAGAUUAUCUGUUAGCGGGUUUUUUUUCUUUCACGCGACAAAAAAGAGAUAGAGAGAAGGAAAAAUAUCGAUUCUUUCGGUAUAAUGCGUGUAUUUCGCUGACAUUUUUCAACGGCGAAACCCGUACAUGUGUGUGUGUCUGUGUACAUAUAUAGAUAUAAUCGACGCGAUCGCUGCCGCUCGCGCGCGUCUUUAGAGCUUUCACGAUGGAGUAUAUAUACAUACAUAUAUAUAGCAUCCACGGUUAUAAAAAAAAAGUUGAUUUAUCGCUCUCGAACUAGGACAGAAGGAUGUUGAAACUAUAUAUCAUUGCUUCGAGGGGGGGUGAGGAUGCGAAUAAAGGCUUAUUUCAGAUUUUUAACACCCCCCGCCCUAUCCCCUCCAAAUCUCCACGCGCGCGUACACGAUAUAACGCAGAUACACACGACAGCGGUUAAACAUGACGCAGGAAAAAUUUUUGGGGAAAACUCCGUUCGUUCGCGAAGCCCCUGACGGAUACGUGUGUGUGUAUGUAUGCGUGUCUUUUAAUAUAAAAACUUGUAUAGCGUUGUAUGUUUAAUGAAAAAGAGAAAAAGAAAAACUUCGAAGGUUCGGCUGGUAACAUUAUACGAUAUAAUAUUGCACGGACAAAUCAAGAAAAGAAAAGUCAAACAAAAUCAUCUCUUUCGUAAGGUUUCUUUUUUUUUUUUUAUUUUUCAUCUGUCUCUCUCUGACGAUGGAAGUUGAACUUCCGUGCUGUGUACAAUUUGCGUUGAUCGACAUAAAAAAUUAUAUAUAUAAAAUAGACAAAAAAAGUAUAUUAUAUUAUGUAUAAACAAAAAAAAAGCGA